CAACCCAUCGAACAAACAGAUAUACAGCUUCAUGUAAGAGGUUUACUGCCGUAAAAAAUGGCCUCGUGUGUGCAUAUUAUUUUACUUUUGGCAUUGGUGAGUAGUUUUCCUGAUGUUCACGCCGAUACAGGUGGGCUGACACAAAACGAGUUUGACUAUAUAUUGGAUUACGUGUUGAACAAUGAUGGAACAUUUAUGGGUAAUUUGGCUGAUUUCAUCAAUGACGUCAGAAGCAGUAUCCCAGACUUUGACACGUUCCCUCUUGUUGUAAAAACAUCGCUGGUUGAUGCCGCUGUUAGCAACUCUCUCAGUACAGAUGUUAUAGACAUGAUCAAUGACGAAAGUGUCACGUGGGCAGAGGCUUGCUAUGCAUAUGUAGACGUGGAGAGUAUUUGGAAUGCCGCAAUCUUGGGAACAGAAGAUCUCAAGUUCAGAAUGCAAGCAAACUGCCAAGUGUUUUACUCUUACGGUACAACACUCAAUGACGGCGAUUAUGACACUGGGAUUGAUGAUGAUGAUGAUUCAUAUUCCAAUUUUUAUGAUUAUUCUGAAUAUUAUUCUGAUUUUUAUGACUAUUAUGAUUCUGAGGAAAACAUGCAAUCAACCUACAAUCCAUGUUCUGAUGACUGCAAUAAAUUUUAUCCAUAUGGUUCAGUGUUUGAUGAUAAUGCAAACCGCAUCAAUGACGAUGGAAGCUCCGGAGAAAUUAACAUUAUUCCUGCAUUCCCAUUUUUCGGUAACACUCAUAGCUCAUUAUGGGUAAACACAAACGGAGUUAUCUCAUUUGUGAAAGAAAUUUGGGAAUAUACUCCAAUAGCAUUUCCCCUUGGCAAUGAAUAUACAAUGGUUGCACCCUUUUGGGCAGAUGUUAACACAAGGAAUGGUGGAAACGUGUAUUGGAGGGAAACGACAGAUCCCAAAAUUGUUGCACGUGCCAUCAAGGAUAUCAACACGUACACAUGUGAUUUGUUAGAUGUGGUAUGGGUAUUCAUAGCUACUUGGGACAACACUGCUUUUUAUGGCGCCGAAUCAGACGCUAGUAGAGAACUGAGAAAUACAUUUCAAGCAGUGCUGAUAUCGGAUGGCGAGAAAUCGUUUGCAAUUUAUAAUUAUUGUGACAUUGAAUGGACAACAGGAGAAGCAAGUGAUGGUAAUACCCAAGGCAUCGGCGGAACACCUGCUCAAGUCGGAUUUAACGCAGGCGAUGGUGUGACGUUCUUUGCAGUGCCAUCUUCGUUUAAGCCAGAAGUGAUUGACAUCGAAGAAACCACGAAUGUUGGUGUUCCUGGUCGAUAUGUAUUUCAACUUAACGGUGAAAAUAUUAUUGAGGCGUGUUCGUGUAUAGAACCCAACUGCGUGGUUGUAGGUUGUAAUCGUUAUGAAAUUCACACAACCGAAAUAAAGUGGGCCAAAGCUAAGACCAAAUGUGAGAUGGAUGGAGGAAGACUUGCAACACUCAAUACUCACCAUAUUUACAAGACGGUCAGACAAUACAUAUUAACAAAUGCUCUUGACGAAGAAGUUAACAAAGGUUUCUGGAUUGGGCUCAAUGAUCGCGACAGUGAAGGUAAUUUUGUUUGGUCAGAUGGUUCAACGUUGGAACCAGGAGACUUCAGUAGGUGGGCUGCUGAUCAACCAAACGAUAACCACCAAGGAGAUCCAAUCAAUGGACAGGACUGUGUGCAAUUAUGGGCAGAGAGAGCAUUAAAAUGGGAUGAUGAUUACUGCGGUGAUAAUCCUGAAGGAGAGAAACGGAAAAAGGGAUACAUCUGUGAAAUUCCAUGUUAAUGAAGAGCACCAUGAGGCAAUGUGCCAUGACCUAGAACGCAUGGCAUAUCAUAAGACAUCUUUAAACAUAAAGAUUCUAAACCGACAUCUAAAAUCUAACAUUUACUAUAUGUGAAUUCCUGCGAUAUGUCAGUCAAUAAAUGCUAUUAGAUAAUAAAGUAGAUGUAACUACCAAAC